UUUAAGCUAGCUUAUAAACUCCAUUUCGGAAUCUAUGCUAGGCCAUAUCCUCCGUUGCAACUUCUCUCAAGAGUUGUGUUCCUUCUUGAGAGUCUCUUUAACACUCAAUCCCAAGCUCUCAUACUACAGCUUCGGUUCCAACUACAGUCACUGAAAAAGGGACCUUUGUCUAUCCAUGACUAUGUCUUGAAGAUGAAAUCUCUGGCCAAUGGUCUCACUGCUGCUGGCCAAAUCUUCGGUGACAAUGACCUUAUUAUCUAUAUCCUUAGUGGUUUAGGUCUCAAGUAUGACUCAGUUGUUGUCAAUCUCACUUCGAGGGGGGAUCGUGUGACCUUACCCGAAGUGCAAUUUCUUUGGCACUACCAAGAAAUGCAUAUUGAGCAACUCAACUAUGUCUCUACUGAUUUUUCUGCCCCUUCUGCUAACUAUGUUGCUAAGAACAAAAUGAACUUUGUUCCAUCUAACUCUGGCAGGUCUCUUUCUUAUCGUGGUCAUGGACGUGGGCGUGGGCGUGGAAAUCAAAGUCGAGUUAUGUGUCAACUUUGCAACAAACCAGGUCACCCUGCAGCAAAGUGCUACCACAGGUUUGAUGUUGCAUUUGCACCCCUUAGCUCCAAUUCGAAUCCCUCUCUGAAUACCUAUGUUGGUCAUCAAAAUGGAGGAGGACAGCAGGCUUUUGUAGCUAACUCAAGCCAGCAUAACAACUCUGAGGAUUCAAACCGAUACAUGGAUAGUGGAGCUACAAACCAUGUCGGGGACAAUGCUGGAAACCUUCAUACUCAACAUGAAUACAACGGAAAUGAAUAUGAAGAGGGUUCUUUUUCAAGGGAAGGUUAGCAAUGGGCUCCACCGACUCAUGGCACCAUCACCAUGUUCACGAGGUUACAUUCCAACAUGCCUCACUGCUCACAAAUUCAUCAAUAAUAGUCCUAGAGUCAGUCCAAGUUUAGCAUCUAUUGAAUCUUGUUUUCAAGUUUCCACUAAUGAGUCAAGUUUAUGGCACCUUAGUCUAGGCCAUCCCUCAAUCAAUGUACUCAAACAUGUUUUACUGAAUGAAAAAAAAAAUUACCUUCUAUCUGAAUUUUUGUUCUAGCUGCCAAUUGGGUAAAGCACAUUAUAAUGCUUAUCCCUCCUCUCUCAAAGAAUCAAAAAAUGCCUUAGACUUAGUUCACUCGGAUAUAUGGGGACCAACUCCUCUUAUGUCAAGACAUGGAUACCGUUAUUACAUUCACUUUCUUGAUGACUUCAGCUGCCACACUUGGAUUUUUCCAUUAAAAACAAAAUAUGAAGUCUUAAGUGUCUUUAAAAAAUUUCAAAUACAAGUUGAUAGGAAAAUAGGAACCAAAAUUAAAAUGGU